GACUACGUUUCCCAGAAGACACUGCGGCGCCGGCCCAAUCGCUACGCCGCAUCGGCGCGGCUUUGUGCGUCUGCGCCAUCUUCCGGCUCCAGGCGACAAGUUCGCCGGUACCGACGAGAAAGCUCACCUGGGACAGCGAGGGGGGGCGCGGUCUCGGUGGCACUCGCACCCGAGAAGGCGGCAGGUGAGGAGAUCCGGAGUUUCCCGCGCGCUCCGGGGCCCGUGCGAGAGUGGGCGCCGCGGCCGGGCAGGCCUUGGGCCUGGGGGGAACCGGAGCGUCUCGCCUUAGCAUCGGUCUGCGGCUUCCCGGGCUCCGGACUACAUUUCCCAUCGUCCCCCACGACGCACGCCCGGCCGGCGUUCCCUUUCUGCGUCACAGCUCAUCACCCGGGGCCCUAGACCCCUUCGCUGUUUCUGUCCACACAGCUUUGCACACUGUGAUGUCUGUGCAGCGGCCUCUCUGAGCUGAUCAUGGAGCAUGGGACCUACUUCAUCUAACUGGCCCCCCUGCACCCACACUCCAUCUGUGGACCCAAGCUCUGCCCCCUCAGGACUCUGGCCUUCCCCAAGAGGAGCCCUGAGGAGGACCCCUCAGCCCAUGACUUUCCGAACGUCAUGUCCAUGGGGUCAGACCUGUUCAGGGACGUGGCCGUCGUCUUCUCCCGGGAAGAAUGGGAGUGGCUGGCGCCUGCUCAGAGGGCUCUGUACAGGGACGUGAUGCUGGAGACCUACAGCAACCUGCGCUCGCUGGAUCUCGCCAUUUCCAAGCCUGAUGUGAUCGCCUUCCUGGAGCAAGGCAAGGAGCCCUGGAGGGCGGAGGAGGCAGCGACGGAUGGCCUGUGCCCCGCCUCGGAGGCCAGGUCUGAGACUAAGGUGUCACCUCCAGAGCAGCCUGUUUGUGAAGGACACGCGACCCGGUGGGCGAGACCAGAAAGCCUUCCGAGUUACGGUCUCAAGUCCUCGAGUCUCCCAGACGACUGGGAGUGCGCAAGCCAGUUUGACGGACAGCGGGGGGAUCCAGAUGAACGUCUGAGCCACGUGAUCGUCAGGCCUGAAGAAAUGCCCCCUCUCGGCUCGCAGGCAUCCCUUACUUUCUGUGGGAAAGUCCAUCCCGGGGAUGAGCCCUAUGACUAUGACGCAUGUAGGGAAGCCUUCUGGCCAGAGGACUUCCUCGUUCGCCGCCAGGGAAUCCACACCAGCGAGAAACCCUAUCAAUGCAAGGAGUGUGGGAAGGCCUUCAAGUACGGCUCGCGCCUGGUUCAGCACGAGAACAUUCAUUCUGGCAAGAAACCCUACGAGUGCAAGGAGUGCGGGAAGGCCUUCAACUCGGGUUCAAACUUCAUUCAGCACCAGCGGGUCCACACCGGCGAGAAGCCUUACGCGUGUCAGGACUGCGCCAGGGCCUUCGGCCGGAGCUCCCAGCUGAUCGAACACCAGCGCAUUCACACCGGUGAGAAGCCCUAUCAGUGCAAAGAGUGUGGGAAGGCCUUCAAUCGGAUCUCGCACCUGAAAGUCCACGGUCGGAUUCACACGGGGGAGAAGCCCUACGCCUGCAAGGAAUGUGGGAAGACCUUCAGCCACCGGUCCCAGCUGAUCCAACACCAGACGCUUCACACUGGCAAGAAGCUCUAUGAGUGUAAGGACUGCGGGAAGGCCUUCAAUCAGGGCUCCACGCUCAUCCGGCAUCAGAGAAUCCACACGGGGGAGAAGCCCUACGAAUGUCAGGCCUGCGGGAAGGCGUUCCGGGUGAGCUCACAGCUGAAGCAACACCAGAGAAUCCACACGGGAGAGAAGCCCUACCCGUGCAAGGCGUGCGGGAGGGCUUUCAAGCGGGUCUCGCACCUCGCCGUGCAUUACAGGAUCCACACAGGGGAGAGACCCUACGUGUGCCAGGCCUGUGGGAAGGCCUUCAGCCACGGCUCCCAGCUGACUCAGCACCAGGUCGUUCACACCGAGGGGAAGCCCUGUGACUGUCAGGAAGCGGGGAGGACUUUCGAUCGCGGUCCCGCUGCUCUUCGACGUCGGAGAAGGCAAAGUAGAGAAACGCAGGUGAACGUGAUAAACGUAGAAAAGCCUUCCAUCAGCGCUUACCCCUUGUUGAUCAUCAGAGAACUUAUGUUCGCAAGCAACCAUGGGAAUGGAAGUAAUGGGGAGAGCCCAUUGGCUUAGGCUAGUCAUGCAAUCCAUGAAUGGAAGUAAUGGGAAGACCCCAUUGGCUUAGGCUAGUCAUGCAAUCCAUGAAUGGAAGUAAUGGGGAGAGCCCCAUUGGCUUAGGCUAUUCAUGCAACCCAUGAAUGGAAGUAAUGGGGAGAGCCCAUUGGCUUAGGCUAGUCAUGCAAUCGAUGAAUGGGAGUAAUUGGGAGAGCCCAUUGGCUUAGGCUAGUCAUGCAAUCGAUGAAUGGAAGUAAUGGGGAGAGCCCAUUGGCUUAGGCUAGUCAUGCAAUCCAUGAAUGAAAGUAAUGGGAAGAGCCCAUUGGCUUAGGCUAGUCAUGCAAUCUAUGAAUGGAAGUAAUGGGAAGAGCCCAUUGGCUUAGGCUAGUCAUGCAAUCCAUGAAUGGAAGUAAUGGGGAGAGCCCAUUGGCUUAGGCUAGUCAUGCAAUCCAUGAAUGGAAGUAAUGGGGAGAGCCCAUUGGCUUAGGCUAGUCAUGCAAUCUAUGAAUGGAAGUAAUGGGAAGA